GGACAAGGUGACCGGAGCAAUGUCUCUGCUUCCGGCCCUGAGUUUCUUCCUGUGGCAGUAGACGAGGACUGCUGCCUGCUGUGGCUGCUCCAGAUUGAUGCAAAGUAAUGGGACUAAAGUCAGUAUGGAAGAACUACAAAGUUUUGAUUGUUAUGGGAACAGGUCUUGGAAUUACUCAUUGGGGCUGGUAUAACAUGCAAUCAAACCCAGUCUUUCAUCCAGAGGGCGAAGGUCGAUUGCCAUACGUUGUUCGGUAUCUUACCGGCAAAGAAACUGACACCAAGGCCAAAUAG